GGACGCGGUCGCGGUGGUCCCCUGCCACGAGAAGUCCAAGUCUCAAAAGCGUUAAGCAAAUUGCUUCGUCACAGCGCUGAGAAGGAAGGUCUCCAAUUAGACGCAGCGGGUUACAUCAAUCUCAAGGAUGUGUUGAACAACCAAAGGAUUCGCGGUCUCAAAGCCACACUUGCUGAAGUCAAGCAAAUCGUGGCUGAGAAUGACAAGCAGCGAUUUUCUUUAAUUCACAAGUCCGCCGCAGCUUCAGCAUCAAGUGUUCCAGCUGAUGAUGCAGCAACAUCCACAACUUCCGACAUACCCAGUCAACUGCCAGAAUCAGAUGAUCCUGCCGACUAUCUCAUUCGUGCAAACCAAGGACAUUCUUUGGAGAUCGCAUCUGAGAAUCUUUUGACACCAAUCACCGAGGAUAACCUCCCUUCCACAGUGGUCCAUGGAACAACUCAUGCUGCUUGGCCGCUGAUCGUAGCUACUGGUGGCCUCAAAAAGAUGACUCGCACUCAUGUUCACUUUGCUUCCGGUUUACCUGCAGGCUUCAAGUCCGAGGACAAGGAUGCGAGCGCCGCACCCGUCAUCUCUGGCAUGCGUAACUCUUCAUCAGUUCUGAUCUAUGUGGACAUCAAAAAGGCUAUGGAAGCUGGAGUCAAGUUUUGGAAGUCUGAGAACGGUGUCAUUCUGAGUGAAGGAGACGAAAACGGCGUGAUCAGCUUGAAUUUCUUCAGCAAGGUCGAAGAUCGUACUGGAGGACAGGGAGUCUUGGUUGAAAAUGGUACCGUCUUGAAGGAAGCUCCAGAAUCAUGGACCAAGCCAAAGAAGGUCAACAAGCCAAGGAAGCAA